GACACGUUUGAACAUGAGAGAGAGGAUUCCACUCUGCAACAGCAAGUAAUUCUUCUCACUCGAGAGAUUGAACAGAUGAAACAGGAGCACAGACUUGAGCUUGCAGCCCUUAGCAGUCAUGAAGUGGGACACAACUCAUCGCAGCAACAACUAGUUUCUGUACCUGCUCAGCUCAAUUUGGAUGCACUUGAUCCCAAUUUUUCAGCCGAUAUGCAAAACUUGGAACUUGUCAAUAUGGACUUAAAGGCACAAGUUUCACAAUUGUAUGGAGAGUUGAGUCUUUACAAAAUCAAGGAAAAGGAUUUAUUAAGAAAGAUGGAAAAUCUGGAACAUGGAAGAAAGAGCACGAGUGAUGAUGAUGACCCUCCCCUUUCCUUGGACGGGUCUUUUUUGAACCACACAGACUCAGCUGUUUUUAGAGAACCCACAGAGUUUGAGUACCUGAAAAAUAUAUUGUAUGAGUACAUGAUGGGUCGAGAGACAAAGACUCUGGCUAAAGUGAUAGCCACUGUUGUGAGAUUUUCUGAUGAACAGAUGAGGAAUGUGCUGUCAAAAGCCGACACUGUGGUUA